AUGCUGAAAAUCAAAACGGUGCUGAAAACGGCGCCGGCUACACAGGACGAGGAGUACGACCGCCGUAAACGUGGAAUGAAAGAGCUGGGUCCUGCUCUUCGCAGCUACAGAAGUGCCAUGGCGAAAGCAAAAGCGUCUGUUAACCAUGUUGUAGAGUCGCUCGGCAAAGUCUGCAAGGUAUUUGACACGCUCUCUAACGACCCAAACAUCCCAAAUUGCACUAAGGAUUGUACAUUGGCUCUGACAGCGUCUAUGGAUCGCAUCGAAGGAGCGCUUCUUUCAGGGUUUAACGCUGCAAUGGACUCGACUGUCCUCUCUGCUGUUGACGAGCUGAAGGCCAUGUAUGAUGAGUGCGCCAAGCUGGAGACCGAGCGCAACAAGGUCAUGCACAAGUAUGAUGCGUACCGCGAAGAUAUCAGCAAAAAAGAGUCAGUUUACCAGCGCAAGUCAAAGGACGCACUGGCGUCGAAAUCCUACUGCGCCGAGGUUGCGAAGCGGGAUGAGCUGGCGAUGUGCUUUGAGGCUGCUGAUCAGAAAUUUAAAGACACCCACGACCAACUCACACAAGUCCGUGCGACCGCAUGCACAAAAGCUCUCAACGCAUUCAUGAAGUGCACGUCGAAUUUCAUGGAGGAGAUCUCCAGUGAAUUCAACGGACUGAAAAGAUCGUCAGAGAGUGCGAUGCAAGUGCUGAGCCUUGGAAUGCAUGCAGAGUACGAAAACGACAACUAA